UUCUGUGACUUGUGUCUGAAAUUAGUAUCGUAUUUUACCAGAAUAAUGAAAAUAAAUAUAGUAAAAUUAAGUAAGUCAUGCGUAAUUCACAUAUAAUCAAUGAGUAAAAUAUCACAAACAGUGUAAAAAUAGUUUAUCUAAAAUGUCUGUUGUUACUCGCCUGCUUUGAUAAGUCAUCAGUGAACAACUUAUUAUGACGAUAUAAUUACCACUGGUCAAAAAUGACUGAAAAGGGUUACGAAGGUGAGCAAUCUAGUCCCGUGUGGGACAUGCCCGGCCCGUCAUCGCUGGCCGCUAUUUUGGACACGGCGUUUACUUCUUCAGCAUCUGACAACCCAUCAAGGCAUGAAGAAAUGGAAUGCGAAGCGUUGUUCGCCGAGAGCGACGACGACGUGGAAGUAUUGCCGGCGCCUGAAGAGGCCAUAUCGUCUGGCAGAAGCGACCAUGCCCCCAAACGUGUCAUUUCAUCGAAUUACGUUAAUUCCACAUCACCUGCCCAAGCGUUUCAAGUAAACAUCACGCCAUUGCCGCACCCCGCCUCGGCGCGUACACCCAUUCCUGAUGAGUACCAGCCGCUGCCAGAUAGCUCCAGCUCACUAGAUUAUAUGCUUGGGGUUACUGGUACUGAUGGUGCUCACCCCAUGACAUCUAUUGGUCAUGGAAGGAUACCAGAUCUCAACAUGAGGUACCAACCUAAGCCUAUGCCUAUGAACCAACAAAGAGGGUUAUACUUUCCCAGCUACUCUCAUUAUGGGCAUAGUGUGCGGCCCACACGGGACUAUGUAGUUGGACCACACAACACUAAUAAUGUAAUUGUGGUUAGUGAUGACAGGAAUUUCUUAAAUCAUCCAAUAAACUAUACAGUUCCUGUUGCUGAACCUUCUUCACGGGAUACUAUCCCUCAUAUGACAUAUCAAACUUUACAACCUGCCGUUGAAAAUAUUUUUGGCAGUCGUAUGUCUGCUGCUUCUAAUCUUCUAGAUGCCACUUCCAUUAGUUUGGAGAGACCAAGCCGUAAGCUGAAUAUAUCUCCACGGAGGAGACAAUCUAAAGAGAAUGAGGUCAAUCCAAACUUGAUUGAAGUAAGCUCAGAAGAAGAAGAAGACAAUACUUCGACUCCAAGGAAAAGACAGAGUGACAACAGUGUGGAGCAGCAACAAGCUGCAGACUCAGAAUACCCUGUCCACAGUGUCAAUGCUGCUUCUGGUAGUGGAAAUGGUGCAUUGGAUCUGGCCUCUCCUCAGAUAAAGAGGGAACCAACUGAAGUUGCUACGGAAGCAUCUGGAGACGCAGAGAUGACUAGACACAGCCAGCCCGGGCAUGUGUGUGCGGGAAGACUGGGGAACGGGCAUUACACUACUCCCACACAGCCCACCCACUAUGUGCACAAUAACCAUGUCAAACAAGAAAAUCGAACUUGUGCUAAUGCUCACGGGCCACAUUGCUCCUGUUCCAUGAACCAUGUUCAUGGAAAUUGCAUGCACACUCACUCUGGGCACCAUCGGGACUUUUGUCACAACAACCCUUCCCACAUAGAAGCACAAAACCUACAACACCACCACCAUCACCAUCACAGAAUCAGGCCUUGUGUUCAUAAUAACACUGUCAACAUUAAUCCAACCGCAUCUCGGAUCAAGGAGGAGCCUGUCACUCAGAUAGCAGUUAAACAAGAAGCAAGUGCCUCAGCUGCACCCAAUAGUGAACCAAUACCAGUGCAGGUUCCAGUUAUUAAAGUAGAAUCUCAACAAGCUCAGGUCAAAAUUGAGCCGGGACAGUCAAGUUCCCAAAGCAGCAGGGUAGAGGAGCAAGUGAGCGUGAAGGCAGAGGGUGACCUGCAGCGGCGGCGCGAUGUGGACGCCGCGGGCGACCGCCAGGAGCCCUCGCCGCAACCAGGCCCCAGCUCUGGAAGAAGUGCACCAGAUUCAGAUAGUAAACCUAUAAAUGUUAAUAAUAAGGAAGAAAGUUCCACAUCAUCUGGAAAUGAGACAUUAUUGGCCCCAGAUUUGCAGUUGGAUUGGGUGUCAGACUCCAGUUCAGAUGACGAUGUACAAGUGUUGGAAGAAGACCCCAGUUUUCGCGAGGUGAUUGACCUGACGUCGCCGCGCGCGCCGAGCCCGGCGGCGGCGCCGGCCGCCUGCUUCUCCCAGCCGCGCCCCGACCUGCUGCUGCAGGCGCCGCCGGCGCAGCAUUUCAUGCGCACUAGGGUACGCGUCGGUGGAUGCGUGGUGGCGUGCCGCGGCUGCUGCUGCGCGCCGCACGCGCCGCAUGCGCACGCGCCGCUCGUGCGCGCCCCGCGCGCGCACCACGCGCCGCACCUGCACCCUCUUCGCGACGUAUCGGCACCACCGUACCGCGUGCACGAGCAGUUGUGGCACAGCCAACGGCAUAUGCUGGAGAUGCAGCGACGCAGCAUGGCGCGCGAGUCUGCGGGCGGCGGGCUGGCGCACUUCCCGCCGCCGCCCACCACUAUGCUGGGGUUUCCUGAUUACUUCGAACGGCUAGACACAAACGGACCUAAUGUCGAUUUUGAAUCAACAAGACCAAUGAUGCAAGGUCCCCACGUGCACCACCACAUGCACCACUACCUUCAGAUGUACCCGCCACACUUACAUAUCUCCAUACAUCCUUCGGGCUACGGCUCGCUGUCGGAGGCGAUGUCGCGCGAGGCGGCGGUGGCGCGGCGCGCGGCGCGGGGCGCGUCGCUGGCGGUGAUCGAGCGCAACACGUACCGCCACGCCUACCCGCGCCACCCCGGCAUGCCCGACGAGAAGUGCACCAUCUGCCUCUCCAUCUUCGAGGUGGACUCCCACUGCAGGCGACUCCCCUGCAUGCACCUGUUCCACAUGGAGUGCGUGGACCAGUGGCUCAGCACCAACAAGCACUGCCCCAUCUGCCGCGUCGACAUCGAGACGCACCUCAACAAGGAUGCCGCCUUCUAAAAAAAAGGUACCCACUGUCUUUG